AAAAAAGAGCGCGCGGGGAGGAGGAAGAAGAAGCGAAGAAGUGUGGGUGGGGAACGACGACGGAGCGUGGUGUGGAGAGAUUCCCCGACAGCAAAAUCUAGAGGAAAAAGCAAUUCCCGUGCCGCGCGAGCUACCCCUCUCUGCGGGACCCGCGGGGGUGGGCCCCGCCCGCUCGCUCUCUUCUUCUUCGGGGGUCUCUCCCUCCUCCCUCACCCUGCUCACACGCCUGCCUGCCUGACACAUACUACAACCUCCCUGGCCCUGUCCUGCGAGCCGUCAGAGGUUGCCUCCGCCUCGUCUUCCUCCCCCGCUCUCUUUCUCUCUCUCCCGCCUGGUCACCCGUGGCGUCACGCUUUAUAAGAGCACGCGGCCGGCAAUCCUCUUCCUUACCAGUUACCACGAGUAGAAGCUUUUGCCGGUGCGUGUGUUUGCUCCUGCCGCUGCCGCCGCGCCGGUUGGAGAGACCCUGAAGCAGAGGAGGGGAGAAACGGAGAUGGAAGUAGGAGGACGAGGAGGGGUGGAGGUGGAGGAGGGGGUGAUGAGGGUGCUGCUGGUGGACGACUCCCCCGUGGAUCGCCGGGUGGCGCAGCUCCUGCUCAGCAGCGACUCCUGCGCCGGCUCAUUCCACGUCAUCGCCGUCGACAGCGCCAAGAAGGCCAUGGAGUUCCUCGGCCUCAAGGACGGCAAGGAGCAGGCCAUCGACAUGGUGCUCACCGACUACUGCAUGCCCGAGAUGACCGGCUACGACCUGCUCAAGGCCGUCAAGGCGCUGAACCCCCUGAAGCCGAUCCCGGUGAUCGUCAUGUCGUCAGAAGACGAGCCCCAGCGGAUCAGCAGAUGCUUAAACGCCGGUGCUGAGGACUUCAUCGUGAAGCCACUGCAGAGCAAGGACGUGCAGCGCCUCAGGAACUGCUCCACGGCGAGGCCCGGCAAGCCCACCCCGCCGUGCGAGGCCGUGGCCAAGAGGAAACCGCUGGUGCUGCCACCCUCUGCCAUCGCCGCCGCGUCGCCAUCGGGACGGCGAGCAAAGUUCGUCGGAGUCGCCAUGGUCCUGCAUUCGUCGAGCGUGGAGCUGUCGCAGUACUUCCCGCUCCUGCUCAAGCUCGUCGUGGUGGUCUACGCCGUGCUGUGCGUGGGCGAGCUCCUGCACAGAUGGUCGUCGGGCGGCGGCUGCUCGCUCGCCCUCUGGUGCGCCUGAGCAGCGACAAGCCGGCAACGGGCACCAACAGGAGACUGAUGCAAAUGCAAAGGUCUUCUCCUGCAGCUUCUGUUGCGCCGAAGCACCGGAAGUUUUCAGGCUCCAACAGCCGUGGAGAUUUUAGCUAGCCUUUAGGUAGAUUGUUUGCUUUGAGAUUCUAACUGGGGUUUUGACGAUGAGUCGGCCAUGGUUGCUUCUUUCGUGGCCUUUGUUUGGUGAGGUCGAGAGACAUAGGAAGGAGGAACGAACCCCUUGUAUCCUUGUACAGAAUCAGAGUGCAAUGCAUGAUCUGAGCAAGUACCUGGCGCGUCCUUUUUGGCCUGGAUCUUGGGUGA